AUGUCAUAUUAUAUCAGACCAAAGUUGAAUCGUCCCUAAACUACUUCCAAUCAUAAUAGACCAUUAGAUAAUAGUGCAAUCAGGGAUAGUAGAUUAGUGUAUGUUCACAAUUAAUUUUAGAAAAUAAUACACUACUCCUAAAAUGGGCAGAGAGAAAGAAAAUCUAUAUGAUGAGAAUAUAAAAUUGAAGUCUCAGCUAAAUGAAUUAACUUAGCAGUUACUUUAUGCGAGAUCCAAAAUUUAGCAAUUAGAAGUACAUUUUACUAUUCUAAAUUAGAGGGAAUUGUAAAGAUUCGAGAACUUAAUCGAGGACUCUAUUAAGCCUGAAACUUCACAGUAGAAGGUUUAAAUUGAACGAUAUGGCUUAAUUAUGAAAAUGAAAACUAAAUAAAAAUAAUUGGUUUUAGAGUUAUAGAAUAAAACUAAAGAAUUAAUUGAAUUAAAGAGAACUAUGAGAUUCACAAAUUAUUAGGAAUUAGAAGUAAAUGGCUUUAUUACAAUAAAUUAGAUAGAAUUGAAGAAUUACAUAGAUGAAACUUUAAGAUUAAGAUAAAAGUUAGAAUACAAUGAAUAAAUGAUAGCGAUAUAAUCAUCAGCAGAGCCUUUAGAAAAGUAAAUUCUACAUUUGGAGAAGACAAUUAAAGUACUCUAGAGGGACAAUAUAGAAUUAAAUUCAAAGCAGUUAAAUAAUGAUGUUAUCACUUCUAAGUUACAAGUACAUGAUUCGAAUAAAUUAGGUACAAUUGGAUGAGAGUAUAAAGUAGAAUGAGAAAUAAUUAAAUGAAAUCAUUCGUUAUGAAUAGAUGGUGAAAGAAUUAAAUGAAUAUAACAGAUAAUGCAAUGACAUCAUAUCCUAAUUAUAAUUAUAAAAUAAGGUGUAGGUGUAGAGUCAAUAGAACACAACAUCUGAAGAGCUAUUUAAGGUUCAAUCCUAAUUAGAGAUAUUAUAGAAUAAAUAUUAAUAGGACAUGGAGUAAUUUGAUAUGAAUAUAACAUAGUCUCAAAAAUUAGGAAAUUCGUUCAUUAAAAACUGAAGUUCAGAGGUUGAAUCUACAUAUUUAGGAGUUGGAGAAGAUUAUUGAGAAUUAAGAGGAUAAGAUCAGAGAAAUAGAGUGUUCAGUAUACUCUCCAGUUUCACGCGCAGGAAAUGCGGAAUCUCCUUUAUAAAAUGGAUUUAAAAUAAUGCAGAUUGAAAUGAAGUCUUAGGUUAUGAAGAAAAAGCUGCCUCGAGUUCAAUUCAUAGAUAUUAGAGAAAUUUGUAUGAGGGUGAGGUUAAAUCUUGUUAAACACAAAGUGUAAUAUUAGGAUAUAGAGAAAUACUUUAAUGAUUCAGAAGAAUUGAGUAUCCAUUAGGUGAAGAAUAUAUUGCAUAAGUAAAGCUAUAAUUUUAACAAGACCUCCUUUUGAGAUUCAUGAUCAUUAAUAGAUUAAAUUGUUGAGUCGAUAUUUAGUAGAGGACAAUUCUUAAGAUUAUUUGAUUUAUGAUUAGGAUAGAACAAAUCAAACAUCAAUAAUAAAGUCGGUUAUGAAGAAGAUAGUUGGAAAGUAUGAAAUAUUGUAAAAUGAAGAGGAAAAAUCCAUCUUAUAAUCUAUUUAAUAAGUUAAUUAUGAUUACUAUGAUAGAAAUUGAAUCCUUCAUUAAUAGAAACUAUUUAAAUGAUGUUAACGAAAAAGAAGAAUCUUUAACCUGGAACUUGUGAAUAAAGCGAUUUGGAUCAAGCCUUGAAAUUCCAUGAAAUACAAUUCACUCACAGGGAACAAGAAAGAUUCAACUUGAUUUGUUUUGAAGUUUCGAAUUCUUUGGAAAUCAUUAAUUAUGAAGGAUUACUUACUUAUUUUUAAUGA